CAUCCAAACUUCCAAUUCUAAAUUCCAGCGGCUGAACAACACUCAGAACAGAAGACAGAGUUAAUGACUGACUGGCUGCACCGUUAUAAAAUGGGACCGAGUUGAACGGAGAUUUUCUGUUUGACAUCUGCAGAAGACAUUAGGACAGGGCUUCUUGACAUUCUUAAAAGGAAGAUAAUAGAGGCACCCCUGCGGUUUUAGAUAGAAGUGAUACGAGUCCAAACGGUGAAAAGUUAUUUUAAGAGUUCUAUAUGGAUGGAUUGUGAACGUGACGGACUCAUUGGUAGCCUGAUGCAGUGAAACAUGUAGUUUUUCAACUCUGUCAACUUCCAUCGGUGUUUUAAUGAUGAUUGCGGCUUUCAUUCCGGAAUCUGUUCAUUAUUUCAAUGCACCACAAACUCUCACCAGAGUUUCCUGCUCUUGGUUCCGUGGUGGUUUUAUCAGCAGAAAGCCACAGAGAGCCGAGCAGGGAGGUUUUCCUGCUACAGCCUGUCGGAGUGAAGAGUAGCUGGCUGGGAUUGUUAGUUCAGAAGACUAGUGAUCCUACAGCGGCAUCAGGACGAGACGGUGGCAGAGCGACACAAAACAACGGUUGGAUGACGCAUUACAUCGGGUAGCAUACCUUCACGGAUAAAAAAAAUAAAAAAUUGCGCAUGGGAUUUGGCUUUGUAUGUUGCACGGUAAACUUCCUUGAUUCAACUGAUAUUUUAAUUGCAUUAACAGAUCCCGUCAGUUGUGCGCCAUGGCGGAGGUUGGGGGCUUUCUAGGGACACUCGACUUGGAUUUACAGAGUUUCCCCGCACUAGGAAGUAUGCCCUUGGCAGAGGCGCCAGCGGGGUUACUGGAUGAGAGGCUGGGACAGAUCGAGGGGAGGUUACAGCGGGGCUCGCUGACAGAUUUCGGGCACCUUAAAGGGAUUCUGCGGCGGAGGCAGCUGUACUGUCGAACCGGUUUCCAGCUGGAGAUAUUCCCCAACGGGACCGUGUACGGGACAAGACAGGACCACAGCAGAUUCGGUAUCCUAGAGUUCAUCAGUCUGGCUGUAGGGCUGGUCAGUAUUAGAGGAGUGGACGCAGGACUCUACCUGGGCAUGAACGAGAGAGGAGAGCUCUAUGGGUCGAAGAAGUUAACAGCAGAGUGUGUGUUGAGAGAGCAGUUUGAGGAGAAUUGGUACAACACAUACGCCUCUACGCUCUACAAACACACCGACACCGGGCGCUUCUACUACGUAGCGCUCAACAAGGACGGCUCGCCACGGGAGGGGGGGAGGACUAAGAAACACCAGAAACUAACGCACUUCCUGCCUCGGCCUGUGGAGAUAGAGAAGAUCCCCCAGGCUUACAGAGAUCUGUUCCAAUACAGGUGACCAGGGUUGAGCCUGGGAGAGAGGGAUGAG